AGUUCUUUCAUAUUGUCCAGUGCUUGUGGGGUUCGAGAAUGGUUUUCAGUCGUGAUGCUUUCGGCCCUAUAAUUGCCUUUCAAAGUCUUGAUUUGCACAAAAACUGCCAGUAAACGACAAAAGGGUUGUCCAUAAUGUGUUUCAAAAAUAUAUCACUGUUGAAGAAAGAAAUUAACUGGAGUUACUAUUUCACGCUUUUUGACGCUGUCCGAGCACAGAAUAUAGACCUCCAACAUGUACAAGCAGAUCUCCCUAGUUGCCGCUUUGGUCGCGAUGGUCGCUGCUCGUCCACAACAUGGUCAUAGUCGUGACUACUGCCACGGCCACAGUCACGAUUACAGCCACGGCCACAGUCACGCUAUAUCACCGCAGUGCCUCUUGCCACAACAAGAAAAAAAACCCGAUCCAGUAAACAAAGAGGAAGAACCCGAGCCAGUAAACAACGAGGAAAAUCCAGAGCCAGUAGAUAAAGAGAAAAAACCCGAGCCAGUACACAAACCGAAAAAACCGGAGCCAGGACACCACGAGAAACAAGAUGUCCCGCAGAAAGGUCACCAUCAUAAAGGACACGGACACGCGGAACACCACGGGGGAUUCCAUGAGGGACACCACGGUCAGUCCAAGGGACACCGUGAGGGAUGCCACGAUGGAUCUCGUGGACGCCUUGAGCAAAUCCACGGACACCGUGAGGAACACCACAGACACCAUGAGAGUCACUAUGGCAGACAUCACGGACACUAUGAAGGGCACCGUGGACACCACCAAGGACGCCACGGGCCGCACGCGGGCCACCAAGGAGCUCACGAGGGACAUCACGAACGCCCCGAAGUACAUCAUGAAGACCACGCAGCACAUCAUGGAGACCACAAAGGACAACAAGAAAGCCAAGAUGGGCAUCGCGGAGAACACGAGAAACAACACGAAGACCACGAGGGUCAUCCCGAAGAACAAGAAAAACAUCCCGAAGAAGACCAGGGACAUCCAGCAGAACAAGAGGGACAUCCCGAAAUACACGAGGGGCACCCCAAAGUACACGAGGGACAUCACGGGGAUAAAGAUAAACAUAACGGGGACGACGAUGAAGGAGCAUCAAGCAGCACCACGGACACGCCAGAGACUUACAUUACGAGUACUAUGCUUAUACUAACAAGUCCGCGUACAAAAUGAUGGAUCCACACAGCGAAGACAAGAAAGCUCAGCGCGAGUCUCGUGACGGUCACGUCGUGAAGGGCGUGUACAGUCUGCAUCAACCCGAUGGCACCGUCAGGAUCGGCCAGUACCACGCUGGCAGAAUAUCUGGGUAAAUGGCUAGAAAGAUAAAUAACUAAAAUUGUUAACAUUGUAAACUGUUUGCUCACUAUCCCAUCAUUUCUCAAUCCCACCGUCACAACUGGAACUGGCUAUUGAACCGCUUUUGUUAUUGAACCUUAAUAUUGUUUGUUU